UGACGCGCUGAUGCUCAACUGCUAGCUGCAGUGUCACUGCAAUGGCUGAAGGGCGGCUGUUGGAGUCUCGCAAUGAGCUCAUUCUCCCAGGAGGGAGGAGAGCAUCCAGUGCAUCACCCGGCAACUGCAACCUGUCCGUGAAAUUCCUCUCUAGCUCUUGCCUCAGUCAGGCUGGCCUGAUCCUUCACUUUGAGAGUGUAUGCAUGGUGAGUGAGAAAAUGUAGUGGAACAGACUGGAAGAAGAGACGAGAACGGAAGGUUCUCACAGCUUUGGAAUUUUCCACUAUCUCACGAUGUCAAAGAAGGGUGCCAGCUUUCGAGCCAAAGGAGAAAGACCUGACCCCCUAGCUGCCUUGCAAGCUGCCAAUGAAGAGCUCAGGGCAAAACUCACAGACAUUCAAAUAGAGCUCCAGCAAGAAAAGAGUAAGGUUGGCAAGUUGGAGAGGGAGAAAAAUCAGGAAGUUAAGCAGAUCAAAGAACACGAACUGCAUAAAAACAUAGUAACUGUAACAGAACUCAAGGCUAAACUUCAUGAAGAAAAAAUGAAGGAGCUCCAGGCAGUUAGAGAAGGACUUUUAAGACAGCAUGAAUCUGAGCUUCUUAGAGUCAUAAAAAUUAAAGACAAUGAAAUCCAGAGACUACAGGCCUUAUUAACUACUGUACGGGAUGGAACGCCUGAUAAAGUAAAGACAGCUCUUUUUACUGAAGCAAAGGAGGAGGCCAAGAAAGGAUUUGAAGUGGAGAAAACCAAAAUGCAACAGGAAAUUUCAGAGCUCAAGGGUGCUAAAAAACAAGUGGAAGAAGCUUUAACUGUGGCCAUUCAGGCAGAUAAAAUGAAAGCAGCAGAGAUACGGAGUGUGUAUCAUCUACACCAGGAAGAAAUCACCCGAAUAAAGCGAGAAUGCGAGCGGGAAAUUCGCAGACUGAUGGAGGAGAUCAAAUUUAAAGACAGAGCAGUCUUCGUGCUGGAAAGAGAGUUAGGGGUUCAAGCCGGGCAUGCUCAGAGACUUCAGCUCCAAAAGGAGGCUUUAGAUGAACAACUUUCCCAGCUCAGAGAGGCCGACCGGCAUCUGAGCAGCCCCAAGAGGGAACUUCCUCAUGCAAGUGGUGCAGGAGACACUUCAGAACAAUCAGGAAGUCCUUUGGAUGAAAGGGAUGCCCGGCGUUUCCAACUGAAAAUAGCUGAGCUAAGUGCAAUCAUCAGGAAGCUGGAAGAUCGGAAUGCUUUAUUGUCGGAGGAACGGAAUGAGCUUCUGAAACGUCUAAGAGAAGCAGAAAGUCAGUACAAACCGCUGCUAGACAAAAACAGGCGUCUAAGUAGGAAGAAUGAGGAUCUGUCUCAUGCCUUGCGUCGUAUGGAGAAUAAAUUAAAAUUUGUUACACAGGAGAAUUUAGAAAUGAGGCAAAGGGUGAGGACAAUACGGAGGCCAAGCUCUUUGAAUGACCUUGAUCACAGCCAAGAAGAGAGAGCAGUUGACUUUAUGAGGUUACAAAUUAUUGAACAGCAAAACAUCAUAGAUGAGCUUUCAAAGACCCUAGAAACUGCUGGCUAUGUGAAAAGUGUACUAGAACGUGAUAAACUAUUAAGGUACAGGAAACAAAAGAAGAAAUUUGCAAAGUUUCCCAAGCCAGUGGUGGAGACAUUUUUCGGGUACGAUGAAGAAGCUUCCCUUGAAUCCGAUGGCUCUUCUAUCUCAUAUCAAACUGACCGAACGGAUCAAACUCCCUGCACUCCUGAUGAUGAUUUGGAAGAGGGCAUGGUAAAAGAAGAAACAGAAUUGAGAUUCCGGCAGUUAACCAUGGAAUAUCAGGCCUUACAGAGGGCAUAUGCUCUGUUGCAAGAACAGGUUGGAGGAACGUUGGAUGCAGAACGAGAAGUUAAGACUCGUGAGCAGCUUCAAGCAGAAAUCGACCGAUCCCAAGCUCAAAUAGAGGAUUUAGAAAAAGCUCUAGCUGAGCAAGGACAGGACAUGAAGUGGAUUGAAGAAAAGCAAGCUUUGUACAGAAGAAACCAAGAGCUUGUUGACAAGAUAAAACAAAUGGAGACAGAAGAGGCUCGAUUAAAGCAUGAUGUUCAGGAUGCAAAAGAUCAAAAUGAGCUCUUGGAGUUUAGGAUAUUAGAACUGGAAGAGAGAGAGAGAAGAUCUCCAGCUAUCAAUUUUCAUCACAUUCCUUUUACUGAGGGGAAAAGCCCCCUCCAGGUCUAUUGUGAGGCAGAAGGUGUGACAGAUAUACUAGUAGCAGAAUUGAUGAAAAAAUUGGACAUUUUAGGGGAUAACGCCGCAAAUAUGCCACUGACUACCAUUGAAGAAGGGGGCACCAAGGGAGCAAAGAAGCUGGACUGUCAGACAGGAAGCAAGGGAUUUACCAAAAAGGCCAUGGCACCAGCUGGCAGAUCCAGCAAGAUGGCAAAGCAGGAACUGUUUAGUAAACAAAAGGGAUAUUUGGAUGAUGAACUUGAUUACAGAAAGCAGUCUCUGGAUCAAGCACAUAAGCACAUUCUGGAAUUAGAAGCCAUGCUGUACGAUGCCCUGCAGCAGGAAGCGGGAGCCAAAAUGUUAGAAAUACUCUCAGAAGAGGAGAGAGAGAAGUUGAAGAAUGCUGUGGAGCAAUGGAAACGGCAGGUUAUGAGUGAACUCCGAGAACGGGAUGCCCAGAUUCUCCGGGAAAGGAUGGAGCUUAUUCAACAUGCACAACAGAGGAUUAAGGAGCUAGAAGAAAGAAUUGAAGGCCAAAAAAGACAAAUAAAGGAAUUAGAAGAAAAGCUUUCAUUCUCUGGUCAUAGUACCUCCAUCCGCCAGCAAUGGCGUACAGAGAAAGCUAGAAAUUCUUCUUUUAUGGAACAACUUCACAAUGCGUGCCACAAUGAAGAGAAAAGCAGACAUUUCCAUUUCAAUAAACUAGUCUAUAUACUGUAUUUUGACAUUAAAGACUGAAGAUCUAAUCUUUUGACUUUUUAUAUAAAAAAGAUAAAUAAGGACUCGUGAGAAUUCUAUUUUGAAGUGAUCUUCUGGCAAGCGUAACCAUAACUUUUUACAAACUAGUAUUAGAACUGUCAAAGAAGAAAGCCAAAAAUGUUAUGAUUAACAAUUCCUGGCUUCCUAAAGGGAAGCCUGCUCGCAACGAUUUCAGCUUUACGUGAAAAGCAGUAAAUUCAUUCCAAUGAAGUGAUACGUUCUGGUUUCCUGCUAAGCAGGCAGUUAGCUGCUUCUGUAAAGAAGUGAACAUGUCCUGUUUUGCACAUUCGUCCUCUGUACUGUUCUUCAUAGUUAUUUAAAAACACAUCUUGAAUAAAGAGUUCCAUGAUCAAUGGGGAAAAUACGAUUCGGUGGAAAAAUACGAAAAGUGCAUUCCAUAGUAUGUUUCAGACUGUAAAAAUGGGGAAAUAGAAGCAGUUAGAUAACAUUUGGGAGAAACAUAUUCCCUUUUCACAACACUGGAUAUAAUGAAGGGUUUGCUUUCCCAGCCACUGUAAUUUUUUUAGGUUUUAUUUUGCUCUGAAAUUUUCAUUGACUCUUGUCUGUGCCACUAGCAGAAGAAUGGAACAAUUCUGAAAAGCCUAAUGCACUUAAAAUUUGAGAUGAAGAAAAAUC